AUGAGAGAACACAAAAGGGCUGCCAUUCCAUCGGGUGAUCUUAUUUCAUUGGGAAGUAAAUCAAAGAAGGUUUCAGUUUCACAUGGAAAUCUUGCCAAAAAAACUAAAACUCAAUCAGUAGAAGUUGAUCCGUCCGAAUUAGUUACUCGAGUGGAGGCAGCUUUGUCUGCUAAUGAUAUUAAUCUGGUAGAAUUUCUAGUAUCCGCAGCAUUGAACCAGUUAAAAUCUAGUUCUGGGCAUGGUACUUUGUGCUCCUCUUUGUCAUCUGGUUCUGAUUUUCGCCCGGUCCAUAGUGGCGUAGGUUCGCGAUUAUUGCCCGGUAUUUCACUGGGCCUUCUGGUACUAGCACAGGAUCAUCCAAAUCUGUUCUCUUCCUCUAACUUAUGCACUAUAUAA